AUGGAGGGUACCAGCAAGAAGCCCAUGUGGGGUAGUCCUCUACAGGACGAUGACAACCAGCGCCAGGAGCAUUUCAACCCCGAACCAGAGCCACCAAUGGAGUCAGAGAACGAUCGUCUAGGCGUCCACACGCUGCUGUUGCUGCGUACGCCACCAAUGAUGCCUUCACCCCACGAGAAGGAGGCAGCCAGGCACUUCGAGAUGCACAACAGCGUCAUCUCGCUUCUAAGCUCGAGUCCUGACACCUCCUCCGAUAGUGACACGACCAGCAAUGGUACAGACCGUAGCAACGGCCCCCACUACAUGGCAAGAAACCAGAGCAGCUCCGAUGUGCCAAUGCUGAAUAGGAUGUCCAGUGUGAGUCUCAUAGAGACCCGUGAUGCAAGGGCGGAGGAGAAGGAUAACGGAGAAGGCAGCCUGAAAAUUACCAGCCACCUAACAUCAACCCAUGAUGCCCAACCGUCUUUAUCAAGGACGGAAUACGUCGACGACGAGGGCCGCUACGACCAUGCGACGAAAAUGCCGAUCCCCCUUAACACAAUGACUCAGGAGAAAGUCCACCGCAAACGUCCGGCACCCUCUCCAGUGAGCAGUCAAUUCGGUCUGAACGGAGCUCAACAUUCCCGGAAGCGUCAAAGCCACGCGUCAUUGACUACAAUGAAAAAGUCCUUUGCUGGCCGAGGUUCUGCCUCUGAUGGCUGCUUAUCUACGCCGACUGGAGGAAAAAGCUCAACGCUGGCAAAACUCGCGAGCAAUUUAUUGCAGCAACUGGAGAAUGAAGCUGCAGGCACACUGCUCGUGUACCAACCUACGUGCUUAGACCACCACAACGAUUCACACCAGGAGAGUCGUCAACGUCUGUGCGUGUUGGGUGGCCCAGAAGGCGUCCUCCACAAAGACCGGUUUAAAGAUCUCAAGUGGGCUAACCUGAACGAACUGCGUCCUGCACGACUCAACGAUAUUUUGCGUGUACACACUAUCGAGUACAUUCAGCACCUCGAACGUGCAUGCGGUAAUUUACCAGAGCAGAACAAGAAAUACUUGGUUGGAACGCUGUACGACAAGCAUAAAGGAGACAAGGAGCUCACAUACGCCGAAUGGCUCCAGACUGAGCACGCUUUGAAGUGUUUUGAAGUGGGAGAUCAACCAUCAGCAGGCAGCUUCGAUAUGGACUCACCAAUCUCCAAGAGCAGCUACAUGGCUGCUCGUAUGGCAGCAGGUGCCGUGUGCCAUGCUAUCGAUAAAGUCCUCAACAACGAGACAAAGAAUGCAUUUGUCGUUGUGCGACCACCGGGUCACCAUGCGGGUCCAAAUGGGUGCGUCGAAGGCGAAGGUUUCCACCUCCGUCCUGAGAUGUGCACGUGCGGCUUCUGCUUGAUCAACAACGUCUGCAUCGGCGCGUCGUACGCUAUGAGCAACUACAGCUCUCCAUUCUACACCCCGGCCAUAUCAAGCAUGAACUCAGACUCCUUGUUAAGCUCGACAAAGCGCGCGAACAUUCAGCGUGUGGCCAUUGUAGACUUCGACAUUCACCACGGUAACGGCACCGAAGAAGUCAUCCGCAAUUUGAUCCCCCACAAGCAAAACUACCCGCUCCCGCCGAGCUGGGCACCAGUGCAGUUCUCUUCGUACAAACCAUGGCGUGAUGAGAACGAUCCGGAUAAUGUAUUCUUCUCCUCCAUUCAUCUGUACGACGAUGAUAAUUUCUAUCCGUGCUCUGGAAUGGGGCCUCACGGGUGUUCUCCAGAGCUUGAGAAGAGCAAGAACAUCGUUAACCUCCCGCUAAAGGUGCUGGGGCCCAAGUAUCUAGACGAACGGUUGAAGCUCACAUCCAAGGCAAAACGAUCUCUGAUGGAGCAGUCGUCAAAGACCUUUCGCAACAACGUGACCAAGAAGCUGAUCCCAGCGUUGACCAAGUUCCAGCCUGACCUCAUUAUGCUGUCCGCCGGAUUCGACGGACACGCUGACGACUUUUAUUACUUCCUUAGCGAGGAUGACUACGGCUGGAUCACAGACCAGAUCACUGCUGUUGCCGACGAGUGCUGUGACGGGCGCAUCGUUUCGGUGCUCGAAGGCGGCUACAACGUCGUGCCAUCCAAAUUCCAGCGCCCGCAGCCUAAAUCGCGUAAGAAUGCAACCUCGAAUUUCCAUCAUGCCGCCAAGAUGCACAACCGCCCUGUGGACGAGGAGCUCGAUUCGUAUGGCUCGCUUGCACGAUCCGUGGCCUCACACGUCGCAGCUUUGUUGCGCGCGUCACAGAAUUAG